CUGGGGUCUCUGGCUCACUCUGCCCGUGGAACGCUCUCACCUCGGCCGCCGGAGUCUACUUCUCAGUCGCGUUCGCUGGCAGGACGAAAUGGAUAUCGAGCAGGCGACAACGCGACCGAGUCCGGAGUUGGAUAAAAAGGCCAAGGAGAACAGCAGCGCGGCUGGGAACCAUGGAGUGGAUGCCCAUAUGAACGGGGUGUCCAAUGGGUUCGACCGGAAGAAGGAACAUAAAUCGGAGCAUCGGGAUAAGGAUCGCUCUCAUAAGUCUGAACAUAAAGACAAGGAGAGGAGCAAGGACAAGGAGAAAAGUCAUAAGAGCGAACAUCGGGAUAAGGAGAAAGAUCGGCAUAAACAUAGCUCGAGCUCUUCGAAGGAGAAGGACAAACACGGGGGUGGUAGUAGCAGCAAGGAGAAGGAUAAGGAAAAGAAAAGUAGCUCGUCUUCGUCUAAUAAGGAUAAGGAGCAUAGGAGUAGCACGAGUAGUACUUCUAGUAAAGAUAAAGAGAAGGACAAGAGUAAAGACAAAGAACAUCAUCAUAAAUCCAGUUCUAGUUCAAAGGAUAAAGAGAAAGAGAAGCAUCAUAUUAGCUCGAAGGAUAAGGAUAAAGAUAGCUCUCGGAAUAGAGACAAAGACAAGGAAAAAGACAAGCAUAAACAUACUUCGACAAGCUCCAGCUCCCGGGACAAAGAGAAAGACAAGAGUGUUUCCAAGGAUAAAGAGAAGGAUAAGGAUAGAAAACAUUCAUCAGACAAGGAAAAGGAACGGCAUUCGACAUCUCACGCAACCUCGGAUAAAGAGAAACACCGUUCGUCGGAUAAGGACAAAUAUAAUGCAUCGGAUAAGGAUAAGCAUCGUCACGAAAAGGACAAAGAUCGCCAUCGGCAUGAUAAAGAAAAAUCAAAGCAUCGAGACGACAAAGAGAGAAAAGACAGGGUGAAGGAAGAACUUAGGAUAAAGGACGAAAAUGACAUUAAGACUGAACUUAUUUCCAAGGACGAGUCCCCACAGGUUGAGGAUUAUAAGCAAGACAUUAAAGAGGAGCAAGUGACACAGGAAGAACCCGAAGAUGAUGAUGACAGUGGCGGAGAACAACCUUUAUUUAUCAAGGAGGAGGAAGAUGAAGAAGUAGUAAGAGACGGUGAAGACGCUAGUUUGGAUUCAACGGGAAAUGAUACUAGAUUGUCUGAUCUCCACAAUACUACUAUAAAAACAGAAGAAGAAUCCGACGAAGAUUUACCACUGAAUGUGAGAAGAUCUGCAUCUUCGCCUACAGUUAAAAGGAAAUUUGAGUCAUCCGAAGAGGAGGACGAUCUUCCCUUAUCGGCACGGAAAAAGCCGAAAAAGGAAAAUGCUAAAUUGAAAAAGAAGAAGAGGAAACUUCCCGAUGACGAAGACGAAGACUUUGAGGAGGAUGAAAAGCCGAAAAAGAAAAAGAGUUCGAAGGCUGUGAAGACAGAAAAUAAUACUCCAAGUCCAAGGAAGAAAAAGAAGGAAGAGGAAGAACAGGAGGUUUGGAAAUGGUGGGAAGAGGAGAAAAAAAGUGAUGGAACAAAGUGGAACUUUUUAGAACACAAGGGACCUGUAUUUGCCCCACCUUAUGAUCCUUUGCCUUCUUCGGUUAAGUUUUACUAUAAUGGAAAGGAAAUGAAGCUGACCCAGGAUACGGAGGAAGUAGCAACCUUUUAUGCUCGCAUGUUGGAUCAUGACUAUACCACUAAGAAGGUGUUUAAUGAUAAUUUCUUCCACGACUGGCGUGAAGUUAUGACUGAGUCAGAACGUGCAAAGAUAGUCGAUCUUAAUAAGUGCAACUUUAAAGAGAUGCACUCAUAUUUCCUUCUAAAAUCAGAGGAGCGUAAAGCAAUGACGAAGGAGGAAAAAAAGAAGAUCAAGGAGAAGAAUGACGAGAUUAUGAAGGAGUAUGGGUUUUGCACCAUUGACGGUCAUAAAGAAAAAAUAGGUAAUUUUAAAAUUGAGCCACCUGGUCUGUUCCGUGGUCGCGGUGAACAUCCAAAGAUGGGUAAGCUUAAGAAAAGGGUACAGCCCGAAGACGUGAUGAUCAAUUGCUCAAAGGAUUCUGUUAUGCCAAAACCACCGGCAGGCCACAAAUGGAAAGAGGUCAGACACGAUCCUAACGUAACAUGGCUGGCAUCUUGGACAGAGAAUAUACAAAACCAGGUUAAGUAUGUUAUGUUGAAUCCCUCGAGUAAACUAAAGGGAGAGAAAGACUGGCAGAAGUACGAGACUGCAAGAAAACUGGCAAAGUCUAUCGACAAAAUACGUGCCGAAUACCGUGACGACUGGAAGAGCAAGGAAAUGAAAGUGAGACAGCGUGCCGUAGCGCUUUACUUCAUAGAUAAGCUUGCUCUGAGAGCUGGUAAUGAAAAGGAUGACGACCAGGCUGACACCGUUGGUUGCUGCUCUUUGCGAGUCGAGCAUAUCACCCUCCACGAACAAAAGGACGGCAAAGACUACGUAGUUGUCUUCGACUUUUUAGGUAAGGACUCGAUCAGGUAUUACAACGAGGUGCCCGUAGAGAAGCGCGUUUUUAAGAACCUGCAACUCUUUCUCGAGAACAAAUCCCCUGGAGAUGAACUCUUCGAUCGCCUCAACACAACCGUUAUGAACAAACAUCUGAACGAACUGAUGGAGGGCCUCACGGCCAAGGUCUUCAGGACAUAUAACGCCUCUUGGACUCUGCAGCAGCAGCUUGAAAAGCUGACGAAUCCUGAUGAUACCGAGGCUGAAAAGAUCCUUUCCUACAAUCGAGCUAACCGAGCCGUGGCCAUUCUCUGUAACCAUCAGCGCUCCGUUCCGAAGACUCAUGCGAAGUCGAUGGAGAACCUAAAGGCAAAGAUCGAGGCAAAGAAGGAGGCCAUCUCAGACGCGGAGUUGCAAGUCAAGGACGCCAAGAGGGACGCCAAACAUGGAUCGGUGAAGGAAAAAGUGGUAUACGAGAAGAAAAAGAAGACGCUGGAGAGGCUGAAGGAACAGCUAACUAAGCUGGAGGUCCAAGCGACCGAUCGAGAGGAGAAUAAGGAAAUAGCUCUGGGCACCUCGAAGCUGAAUUAUUUGGACCCUCGUAUCUCCGUUGCUUGGUGCAAGAAGCACAACGUCCCAAUUGAGAAGAUCUACAACAAGACCCAGAGGGACAAAUUCAGAUGGGCGAUAGACAUGGCUGGCGCAGACUACGUCUUUUAACCCGCCCGCAGAUCCGACGAAAAGGAGAUAAGAAGAGGAAGAGGAAGCAGCACCCAAACGUCGUCACCGUCGUCUAGCGAAUUUUUAAUUUUAACUUCAAGUGCGGCGCGAUCGACCGCCCCUGGGGUUGGCCGUCUAGGAAGAUCCCCAGGUGAGGCAUGGGUCCCCCAUUAAGCUAAAGACAGGAAAAGGAAAGAAAAUGGGCGAUAAAAAAAAUAGCGAGGAACGGAAAGCACGCAAAGGACGUCGUAUAAGUGUAGUGGAUAGUUUCAGACCGGGGCACGGGGGGGAUUUAUAUAAGCGAGUGUAAUUAGCGAUUUCUAAUUGUAAAUCAUCCGUAGGAUCGUCGUGCACUUUAACGUCACAGGCGACAUCUCGUCUCUCUCCGUUGUUCUUGCAAUGGAGACAAUUUGCGAGAUUACGGGAGAUAUAAAAGAGGAGGGCAAAAAAACACAAAACGCAAAAAGGCGCGAUCGAGAACCCGAGGGGAAGUAUAUUUGAAGAAUGUAUGGCCGCCUCGCGAGGAUCUCUCUCGAAGGAGUGUUUUUAGGUAGAAAUUUCUCAUGUGUGUGGACUUAGAGAACGUAAACGAUUGUACAUAAGUAAACGGAAGGAAAAGGGGAGGGGGUAAGUACGAUCGGAGGGAAGGGACAUUAGGAAAGUUGUGUUCUCCGUUGGCCCCCUUACAGGCCACGGAAAACAAGAGGCGGGAAAGGGAUUGCGUCGAGCCGGGAGAUCUCAUUUUCCGGCUGUUUAUUAUUCUGAAGAUGCAUCGGGCAUGGACCUCGACUUUCCCGGGGGACUUCUUUUUAUUUUAAUUCUCUUCUCGUCUCCCCUCCGGCGUUUCCGAGGUACGCCAGGGGUGCACUCGAUGUCACUCUUCGCGGCAUGUUUAUGCUUAAACACCCUCCCUCUAUCGACUUUGUUAGGAACUAAAGGAAUAUCUAGAUUCGUAGGAAGGUACUAGAGACCACCGUGAACGCGAGCGGGGCGUUUGCGCAUUUCUUAAAUAUUGUACAAAACGUCGCCUAGCAGCUGUGUACGUGCAAUUCAUAGAUCUUUUUCUUCUUUU